AUGAUGCAAGCGAGCGUGUUGCUCAACCCGAACAACGGAGGGCGAAAGCUCUUCGGCUACUCGGACGCCGAUCUCACCACCGGCAUGAUACAGAUGAGUCGGGUGGGACUGACCUCUCGCACGGUGGACAGGAUGCAGAUCAUCUGCAACCGGAACAAGCGCCUCAGCACUUCGCCGGGCAUGCGCCAAAACGUUUCAGGGGACGGCGGCCAGAGGGGUGGGGGCGGAGGGGGCGCGGGUACCAGCGGCGUGGCAGGGAGCGGUGAGGACCGGCAUGGGCCCAUGGGUGGCGCCAUGGGAGGCGCCCGUCAAGGCGCUCAGACCGCGCCGGGAGGGUCUGGGAGUGGACCUGGGUCCACAAAGCAUGGUAGGAGCGCCCCCGGUGGGGUAGCGAUGACUGACGACGGGGAAGGCGGAGAAGGCACGGAGGAGACUCGCGGUGGAGGGGGCUGGGGGGACGGCCGAGAGGGCAGUGGGCAUCACGAUGGCGUCAUCGAGGAUAACGAUCAUAGUCAGAUCCUCAAGAUCAAGGCCGCUCAAGCGCUGUUCAGGAUGUCAUUGGAGCCUGGAGGGGAGGUACUCGCUUUCUUGGUGAACGGGGUGAAGACGCGGGACCCCAUCACCUUAUCAAACGUUGCGACAGCCUUGUGCCGUUGCACCUAUGAGGCGCGGAACCACGAGCGCCUCGUCACGGAGUUCAACGCGGCGCAGGCGCUGUGCUACAUCAUGCAGCGGCACACCACUAACCUCAAGAUUAUCGGCGCCAAGGGGAUGCUCAACAUGUGCGGGCUGUCCUCGACCUUGCCCUCGCUGGCUGCGAAGCUGGACGUGUACAUGUUGACGCUUUGCUCUGCUAUGGAGGACCUUGCCAGGAACGAGUCAGAAGCCGUACAGGUCAAGCUGAACUUGAAACGACCGGGGAAUCUAGCCUACCUAGCUUCCGCAUCGGUCAAUUUGGCGGAUCUGAAGAGCGCUCACGCUCAGCUGGUGAAGCAGAAGGAUAUCGUGACCGUGCUUUGCUUGCUCUCCGAACAGCCGAAGCUCGUCGAGAAUGUCAGCCGGGCUCACCCAGUGAGCGAGUCGUCUGUGACAUCGUGGCUGGCGCUUGAGGCCGAUUCUGCCUCACCAGACGGCCGUCUCGCCUGCCUUUCCGCGAUCGAGCACCUCAUCCGUAACCAGGAAGAGGUGGACACUCCUUUGCUGCGGGCCGGACUGAUGGGAACGCUGCACGCCAUCCUCGACGAGCCCAUCGCCGCCGCAGAAAAGGCCACCGAGCAAGCGCAGGAAGCCGGUAUCCUGGAAGCCAGCGAACCCUCUCUUCUUCCUUCCGCGUCUGGCUCUGCCAUUGCCGCUGCUGGUUCCGCAACAACCCGUGGCAGUGUUGUAACGCCGCCGAUAGCCAGCUCAUCAGACAGCACCUCAGCAAUCGGUAAAAGCGGGGCGGAGCGGCCUUCGAGUCCAAGGAGUGGGGUGGCCGUUACGGGAGGCGGGGGGAGAGGAGUCGAAGUCCUUGACGCGAAGAAGAUCGUGGCAAUGACGCAGACAUCAAAGAAGAAUCGCGAGCGUUUACUGCGGUCCAGUCCAGACGUCCUUGAUCGGAUCCUCGCGGUGGUGACGAAGACAUGCUUCUCUAUGACGCUUCGAGGCAGAAACAGGCCAAGGCUCGUGCAGCACGGUCUCCCAGCGUUGUGCGGCAAGGUCAUGAAGCUCACCAAAGACGAGAAUAUAAAGUUCAUGGCGGCCGCGUGCAUCUUCAGCCUGGCGCAGUCGGCUGACCUGUGCUCGGACAUUGCCGAGAGCGGUGCAGCUGACCUCGCCCUCGAGGACCUUGCUAACGGCGGCCAGCCCGGCCAGAACGGCCAGGAAGAGUCCGAGUUUCUGCUUGCGCAGCUCGCCAUCGUCGCACAGGUGGCCGUCGAGCCGCGCUUCUGCCGGCGUAUGGCCUCGGCGAAGAUGAUCGAUCUCCUCAUGACGCUAGCGCUAGGGAAUGCGCCGGACAAAAAGGCAGAGCACGGGCGUCCUCGCCCUGACGCCGAAGGGACCAACGAUGGUAGCGGCAGGAGCGGGGGUUCUGGAGCUCCCAACACGAGUGGGCGUGAGGGCAGCGGAGGGGGGAAUACCGUCAUCGAUGGUGGCGGUGGAAAGGGGGGGGUGAGAAGUGAUGGUAUUGGUAGCCCCCGACCGCAACGGUCGGGCUGGCCGAUGAAGGGGAAGAGGUUUUCAGGAGAAAGGGUGAAAGUGGCUACCCCGUACGUUGGCGCUCUGAGGUACUGCGUGGUGGCCAUCGUCGAGCGUGUGGGGACGAUCUUGAACGCCGACGGAGAGUACGGGCGGGCAUCGUCGCCUUCGGAGAUGACUUCAAUGGUGAAAAAGCUCGUGUAUCUCGUGUGCUCUGCGGUGCUUACCUCGGGGCCGGACGAGGCUCUCAUGGCCCGGUGCGCCAGGGUCAUGGCGGACUGGAGCAGCGAGGCCAAGUUUGCCAAAGAGAUGGGAGUCAAGGAAGCGGCCGGGAAGAGCCUUGCGGUGCUCAUGCGGAGCGUUUCUCCGAAAACCAAGAGCUACGUGAGUGUUGCGCUUUGCAACGUGGCUGCGGCGACUCAAUGUGAGACUCAGCUCCCUUCCCCAAGGAACGACGGGGGCGCGGCAACACCAGAACUCGCAAGCACACAAGAUAAGGCAGCGGUGAAUGAAGGGGGCGGUGGGGGGCACGGUAAGGACACGAACGACCACGGUAGCCAGCGGCAAAGCGAUGGUGGGAGCAGCGCGCAAAGCCUAAGGAGUCGCGAGCCUGACAACAACCACAUGGUCAGCCACGAGGGCAGCGGGGCUGCCGUUAGCGAAACGAUAGACAACAACGAAGGCAGCGUAGCCGCUGGUGACGGCGACCGGUUCUGGCUCACUAACACAAACAUCCUGCGAGACACCAUCGCCGGCUGCCUCGCGUCCGCCACGGCCGACGUGAAAAGCAACCUCAUCAAGGCAAUGAACAACCUCAUGGUAUCGAAAGAGCGACGAGCGACGCUCGUAGCGGGCGACGAGAUGCCUGCCCUCUUCGAGCUCGUCCACGGAUACACCCCUGAGGUUCGCGAGCUUGUCGCGCGGAUGCUGUGGAACCUGACGUGCGAGCACGACUUCCACCCGGCGCUGCUCGAAGCCGGCGUGACCUGCACGCUGCUCGAGCUACUGGGGUCCUCCUCGAUAAACAACGCGAAGAAAGCUAACAAACAACAACAAGAGCAACAGCCCGACAGCAAUGCUGCCGCGUCAAUAAGAGGAGUCGGAAAUGGCAGCGGCAGUGGGGGUGGUGGUGUUAGCGCAACAGAUGCCUCGGUAUCAGGUACGCAAUCGUCAGGGGCGGCCCUUUUGGACGACGGCGGGGUUGGCGCUGUCAGCGGGGGCGAGACCGAAAGCGCACAGGACGGUAGCAGUGGCGACGUGGGGCCUACAACGAGCGGGGCGAGCGGGGUCGGGAGCGGGCCGGAGGCCAGCACGACUACGAGUGGUAGUGACGGACACACCGCAGACGCCGUUGGCCAGGGGGCGACCAGAAGAAGCAGCAGCAGCACGGGGGAGCGGGUUGCAAGCGCGAGAUUAGAGGCGGUGGAGGCCGUCAGCAUGGGACGUAAACCGAGCCUAGAAGUCCGAAGGAACGUACUAGGAGCAGUGAUGAACCUCACGAGUUUGAGCAUCUCGGACCCGAGGCUUGACCCGUCGGCGGUGAUGUCGCUGCUCACCCUCAUCAUGCACGAAGACCCAAACGAAAGCCCGAACGAAGACAUGGUCGCUGACCUGUGGGUGACGUGGCAAGCUGUGGUCCUACGACUUUCUUUCGUGGAGAAGUACCGUGCGCUCAUCGUUUACCAUGGAGAUGGGCAGAUUUUUUCGCACCUCAAGCUGACGAACGAUCCUUUGUCGGGCAAGAGCUCCGUCAUGAGCAUGGCACACGAUCGCGCGUACAAGAGGCUUAUCAUGGGCACCAUGGUCAACAUCUCCUGCGAGACCUCACUGUACGAGGAACUGGAAGGGCAGGUGCAAGUCCUCCGGGAGUUCCUAUCGGAGUACGAGCACGAGGCUUCCGGUGGCGCCCACAGCACAGGGGGAACCCUCGGCGGGGCGAGGGGUGGGAGCAGGGGCGGGAGCAAGGGCGGGAGCAGGGGAGGAAUGGGCCUAGCAGAUAGCGACGGGCUUGAAAGUGCAGACAGCGACGAAAGGGGUUUUGACGAAGACGGCAGUGGUAUGGGGGGGGGGGGGGGUGGUAGCGGCGGUGGGAAUAGUUCUUCUCGAGGGCGGGACUGGGUGCGGCACGAGCUGUGCGCCAAGCUGGUGUCCAACCUGUUUUCGAGCAAGACGCUCAGGGAGAGGCUCAGCAAGAAACCGAUCGCCGGCAUAUUGGUUGGGCUCCUGUGCGGCCCGCCGACCCGCUGGAACAACCGCACGAGCAAUUCCGGGGGAUCAACCUCGGGCUGCGGGGAGCCGCGGCCACUGCUAUACGGCGGCGGAGAAGAGGCGGCGGCGAUCACCAGCAGAUUCCUUUGCGAACUUUGCAUUCUUUACUCGACCGAGGGGGGCUUCGACCUCCCGCAGCGGACGUUCGACGCACUGGUCAAGAUCGCUCACUACUACAACUACAAUGCGUCCUCAACACCCGCUGCGGCGGCGUCAACACAGUCACACCCUUGGAGGAUAGGAGAGGGCGGGGGCAGUGGGGGCGAAGUCGGGGGAGGGUUGGCGGCAUCGGCAUCGGUCGGGGAGAAACAACCGCAGGGGAUGGACAGCAAUACUUCCCCCAAGGCCGCAGGAAAAGACAGCAAGGAUAGUGCUGCCGUGAUGUCGGAGAGGGGUCUGGCAAGCAAUGACAAUCUCGCCGACUCUCUGUCCAUGUCCCCGCCCACCGGUACCGCCGACCACGAAGAAAAUCGGCGAUCGCCGUCAUCGCCGGAGAGACCUCAUGAUUCCACGCGUUCCUCGCUGGAGGCGACUGCAGCACCAGCGCCGACAGAAGAAGCAGCAGGAGGAGGAGGAGGCCCGAGGCCGCGUUUAUCAGAGGGUGGGGGCGAUGGCAGUGGCGGCGAUACGACGCAACAAACGACGGCAUCCCAAAAAACGCUGCAACAAUCCGUCGGCGACGACUGGUACACGGAGGGAGCGGGGCGACCGCACAACCCGGCCUACCGGCAUGGAAACAGCAAGCAGGGGAGUGAGGGCGGCGCCGGCGAAGAUGCCUGGUCGAGGACGGCGAGGGAGAUCACUAGGCUGUGGGUGCGGGCGGUUGGAUGGCUCUGUAGCCCGUCUCACUCGAAUCUCUGGCCGCACAUGAUCGACGUGGGGAUCCUGGGCGCCAUCAAUACGUGUGUCUCCUCGUCGACCCUCUCGGGGGACGAGGAGGGACUAGCGAUCUGCUCCACGGUGCUAAGGAACCUUUCGACCGCGACCAGCGCUCGCUCGCUGGGGGGCGAGCGCGCCGCCGCCUGCUUUGGGACAGCCAAGCGGCUACUAUCUUGCUGCUCCGACCAACCCCAAGUGCAGGUCAACUGCGCAGCGGCCAUGGUGAACCUUGUCGACGCCACGCAUGUGCAAGACCUGCAGACUCUCGAUGUGGUCGGCCUCCUGGGGGAGAACUGCAGCUGGGAGGAUCAUGGUGACAACACGCCUUCCGCCACAACGGUGGGGGAGCUUGCGAUCUACAGCUUGUCGAAGCUGUGCACGCGGGACUUCUUGCCCAAGGGAGACCGCGUAAUCGCGACCAUCACGACAAUGAUGGACUUUGACCCGCAGACGAUAAAGCGAUUGGAUGAUUCGGUACGGUCGCUGGUGAACCCAGAGUUGCCUCCUCGUGGACCUUGGAAUUUCCUCCACCCGAACGAUGCCCUCGGCCUGACAGCAUUGCCAGUGCUGACCAAAGGCGCCCACAAGAAAAGCGGAGAAGCGGUGGACCAAGGGCAGCUAUCAGUGCAGAGAUCCCCCGAAAACACGCAUGACACUAUGAAUGGACAGCACCAGGGCCUGCAGCUCGGCGACACGAGUGCCACGAUGACAUCAACGUCGGGCGGUGGCGAGGUUGGAGGAGAAGAGACCACGGAUAACGGUAACAACACGAGUAGCGCCGGGAACAAGGCCACCGACGGCGGGGGUGGUGGCGGUCUCGAGAGAGAAGCAAUGGCUUCCCUGGCGGCAGCUGACCUUCCGAAUGGCAGCAGUAAGUCGGCUAUUGAGAGUGCCGCUGCGGGUGUUGCUGCCACGGGUGCGGGAGGGGAUGGGAACAAUCGGAAAGGUCGAGGCGAUGGCCGCACGCUCAAGAACACCGCGGCGAGGCUAGCGACGGUGAUAUCGGAGACGUCCAUGGCCGCUAGAGCCUUUACCUCGAAGCCAAGCAGGGCAGCCAAAUUGGAGACGCGCAUUCUACGAAAUCCGGUACUUUCCACAGAAGAACCUCCAUUUGAGCUACCGUGGCUGCUCAAACACGGCAAGGCCGAGCGCUUGAAGCUACUCGAGGAAUCCCUGGGCGGGACCCCUUCUCGUUCCGCCACCCGACGGACAGACCCGUCCAGUACGAAGACGACGUCCUCCAAACACGCGGAGGGCAAGAACAACAACGGUGGCGGAAAGGGCGGACACCAACAAGACACCGACCCGCAAACAACGGCCGGCGCCGAACAGCAGCAGCAUCAACAACAAGGCGUCCGCGGGGACGGCGCAAGUGGAAUAAAAGAAGCAACGGCAGCGGCGGAACGGGCCCGGGGAACCGUCUUGGAAGAGGAAGGCGCAUUCGAAGUCUUGACCGUGCCUGACGACAAAUGGAUCAGUCCGGACCUCCCACCCGAGGCCGGCAAGCAGCAGCAACAGGACAGCCAUCACGCGGCGGCAGGCCGUGGAGGAAUUUUGGGCGGUGCCAGUGGCGGUGGGUUCGGCAGCGUCGGCAUGUCUCGACCGUCGUACGCCAGCAGCAAACCCAUCGGGUCCACCGUCGCGGGGACCCCGCAGCAGCUGGCCGGCUUGACGCACAAGGUGCCGCAACGCCGAGCAGGUUGA